GGGACCCAGGGGUUGGAGAGAUGAAGGACGCUGGGGAAUGCGGAUUACAUCCUGCGGAGGCUGACGGCUAGGAUGGAGUUAGAGGCUACGGGAAGCCGGGGGUGGGGGCGGGGGCGUGCCGAGUUCUCCUCCGGGGCAUGACUUAGACGGAAGGCGUUUCUGGGCCGGGAGCCUGUGACCCUGUGCCCUUCGUACACCCCCUCUUCCCACUCCCUCCAAACCCCCUCCACCCCGCACUGCAGCACCUCCCGGUGGGGGCAGGGAGGCUGAGAAGGGGGUUGGCUACAGGAAGUGUAGGGCCGCGCCAGCCUUGAGGCACUGCGAGGUGGUGUGGGGAGGGAGUGUCCAAGGUUUCUGCUGUCAUCACCUCCCCAGAGGCAGGCUCCAGGGGCUAGGUUUGUUUGCCUGCUCCUUCCCCAAGGCAGCCUAUGGAGUCAGCCUGGCUCCCGGCAACCUCUUCCACGCGGAGUGGGGCCGAGCUCUUGUCUCCCGUAUCCCCCAGUAGUAUGGGAUUGCUGUUGGGCAGUACUAGAAACUGACCUCGGGCCUGAAAACUGGACCUCUCCGUAUUUACAACCCUCUGUGUACUAGGCCCAAAGUGGAAAGAUCUGUGCACCUGGUUUCUGUUGGGCAUAGGAGCUAUUUAUGGAAUAAGAUGUGGGGGAGGAGGACCUAUCUCUAACCUACUGUACAUCAAGCACAGCACCCUGCACUUUCGCAUGCAUUCUUAUUAAAUCUUCUAAGUGCUAGAUGCAUUUUAUGACAUUCGGUUUUAUAGGUGGGGUAGGGACCAACUGAGAGAUAGGAAAAUAAGGCCUUUGAUCCCAUUAAUCUUUUAUCCUCUUGCCCUCAUUGGUAUCUUUAGCCCACCUUGGGUCCCAGUCGUCUCUCCUGUUCCCACACCACCUAUCACCUGCAAGGGAUGAUGGCUGUCUGCUCCUGGGUCUUUCCUUUGUGGGAGAGAGAUGCUGUGGAGGGAGCAUAUCCAAGCCCUAAAGUGGCAUUCUCUCCCACCCUUUGCAGUUCUGCCUCCUGGGGGCACUGCUGGCCCCCAUCCGAGUGCUUCUGGCCUUUAUCGUCCUCUUUCUCCUCUGGCCCUUUGCCUGGCUGCAAGUGGCCGGACUUAGUGAGGAGCAGCUUCAGGAGCCAAUUACAGGAUGGAGGAAGUAAGUGGGAGGUCAGACCCCAGAGACCCUACUUCUCUUCCCUGCUGUCUAUUCCCCUCCCUCUUUGAGAAGAAGAAAAGGGAGGAUUCUGAAACUAUUCUAUUUAACUUGGGUGAAUGAGUCAGCCAAGCUCAGAUCUGGUUCCCAGACCUCACCUGACUGUGUGCCACAAUGGGGUGCUGGGCCUGAGCCGCCUGCUCUUUUUCCUGCUGGGCUUCCUCCGGAUUCGCGUUCGGGGCCAGCGAGCGUCUCGCCUUCAAGCCCCUGUCCUUGUUGCUGCCCCACACUCCACUUUCUUUGACCCCAUUGUUCUGCUGCCCUGUGACUUGCCCAAAGUUGUAUCCCGAGCUGAGAACCUUUCCGUUCCUGUCAUUGGAGCCCUGCUUCGAUUCAACCAAGCCAUCCUAGUAUCCCGGCAUGACCCGGCUUCUCGUCGCAGAGUGGUGGAGGAGGUCCGAAGGCGGGCCACCUCAGGGGGCAAGUGGCCACAGGUGCUAUUCUUUCCAGAAGGCACCUGUUCCAACAAGAAGGCUUUGCUUAAGUUCAAACCAGGAGCCUUCAUUGCAGGAGUGCCUGUGCAGCCUGUCCUCAUCCGCUACCCCAACAGUCUGGACACCACCAGCUGGGCAUGGAGGGGUCCUGGAGUACUCAAAGUCCUCUGGCUCACAGCCUCUCAGCCCUGCAGCAUUGUGGAUGUGGAGUUCCUUCCUGUGUAUCACCCCAGUCCUGAGGAGAGCAAGGACCCCACCCUGUAUGCCAACAACGUUCAGAGGGUCAUGGCACAGGCUCUGGGCAUUCCAGCCACCGAAUGUGAGUUUGUAGGGAGCUUACCUGUGAUUGUGGUGGGACGGCUGAAGGUGGCGUUGGAGCCACAGCUCUGGGAACUGGGAAAAGUGCUUCAGAAGACUGGGCUGUCCCCUGGCUAUGUGGACAUUGGGGCAGAGCCAGGCCGGAGUCGAAUGAUCAGCCAGGAAGAGUUUGCCAGGCAGCUACAGCUCUCCGAUCCUCAGACGGUGGCUGGUGCCUUUGGCUACUUCCAGCAGGAUACCCAGGGUUUGGUGGACUUCCGAGAUGUGGCCCUUGCACUAGCAGCUCUGGAUGGGGGCAGGAGCCUGGAAGAGCUGACUCGUCUGGCCUUUGAGCUCUUUGCUGAAGAGCAAGCCGAGGGACCCAAACGCCUGCUGUACAAAGACGGCUUCAGCACCAUCCUGCACCUGCUGCUGGGUUCACCCCGCCCUGCUGCCACAGCUUUGCAUGCUGAGCUCUGCCAGGCAGGAUCCAGCCAAGGCCUCUCCCUCUGUCAGUUCCAGAACUUCUCCCUCCAUGACCCACUCUAUGGGAAGCUCUUCAGCACCUACCUGCGCCCCCCACACACCUCUCGAGGCACCUCCCAGACACCAAAUGCCUCAUCCCCAGGCAGCCCCACUGCCCUGGCCAACGGGACUGUGCAAGCACCCAAGCAGAAGGGAGACUGAGCACCUCAGCCUCUCACCCCCUCCUCCUCAGGGCAGCGCCAGGGGCCUCCCCUAGGCCUCAGCCCCAUCUCUGCUCCUGUUUGAAUUUUGUUAUUGUUGUUUGUUUUUUUUUGUUUUUUUUAUGUUGAUUUUAAUUUUUUGUUUGGUUGAUUUUUUUGUAAGAAACUAUUUUAUAUAUAAAUAUAAAUAUAUAUCUAUAUCUAUUAAAAAAAAUGAAGUCCAGUCA